UUGUCGGACACCGCAUGCAGGUCCCUACGCGGAUAUCUUUACAGUCAAAUCUGGGGACGUUGAGAUACAUCGGCCCACUACCGAUAUGGCCCAACGUCGACGCGUACGGCAUAGAAUGGGACGACGCAACGCGUGGGAAGCACUCAGGCACGUACGACGGGGUCGAGUACUUUCAGACCGUCGUGCCUGAUAGCGCGUCUUUUAUUAAAUCCACGCGCAAGCUGGAUAGGAAAGUUGGGUUUGAGGAAGCGGUGAGGAGUCGGUAUGCGCCGGCUGAGCUGGACGAGAUCGAAAAGACGGAUAUCGUGUUUGGGAAGAAAGUGGCAGAGAGAGUUGGAUUUGAUAAGAUUCGGAUACGACAGUCAAAGCUGGAUCAGCUCUCAAUGGUCUCCCUUGACGGCCAAUGUGUCGCAUACCCUUCAGACAACCUAGAGCAGCUAUUCCCCUCGAUCCAGGAACUCGAUCUAUCCCACAACCUCUUCGACUCCCUAGCAGAUGUCGCAAGAAUAGUCGUGCAACUACCGCGUCUGAGAAUAAUCAAGCUCAACGGCAACAGAUUUGUCUCCUGGGAGUUACCGCCAGACCUCACCGGCGCGUUCUCGUCAUUAUCUGUGGUUUCUUUGUCGUUCACACUAAUCCCGCCUUCUGUCAUAUCGCGCAUGCCAGAGAUAUUUCCGGCGGUCCAGGAGUGCAGCUUGGCUGAAAAUAAACUAUCAGGCUCAGAAAUCACCUUCAAUCAGCCAUGGCCGUCGCUCCAAAUACUCGAUUUGUCGUACAGCGAUUUCUCCACAGUUCCGGUACUUGUUUUUCCAGAUGACGCCGACAUGUCGCUCUCUGUGCUCAAUCUUUCUCAUAAUCGGAUUUUAGGCGCUGGUGCCGACGUAAUGAAAUCCGUACGCAGCCUUGAUCUACGACACAAUCAGAUUACCUCCUGGACCGCAUUGGACGGCCUACGUGCGCAAUUCCCUGGGGUGCGUGAUUUGCGGUUACAAUGGAACCCCAUAAUUCAGAGUCUGGAUGAAGACGAUGUGCAGGCUUAUAUACUAGGCUGGUGGGGCGGUUUAACGAUGGUGAACAGUAUCAAAGUGUCGGAAAAGGAGCGUAUGAGCAGCGAGCUUUACUUUAUGUCUAAAGUUGGCAAGGGGCAGAUCAAAGACUUCGACUUGAAGGGACAAAGAUGGGCUGAGCUGUGUGAAACUUACGGUGCGCCGAUAGCGCCUGAAGAAGUCAAGAAGAAGAGCACGGUGCUCAAAAUCACAUUUGUCACGAGUUCUGGUGAGGAAACCAGAAGAGUUCCUCGCGGACUCACUGUCCAGCGCCUGAAGCUGUUGGUCGCGAAAUGGUACAGGAUACCGGUUGCAAAGAUCAAUCUUGUGUCUGUGUUCUCAGAUGGUAGGGAAAUUGCUCUGGAUGACAGUCUUCGGGAGCUCGAUUAUUAUGAGAUCGACGACGGCUCGGUGAUUCGAGUGCAGGGUUAGCUGUAGAGACGACGCA